AUGCAGCCGCUCAUUUCUGCAAUGACAACCCUUCGAGAAGUCUUCGCUGCCGCAGUCAAGUCCCUCCUGCGGGGGAAGUCCAUCAUCCAGGCGAUCCUCGCCUUCUGGAUAAGUCCCACCGCCUUCAAGGGGGGCGAUGCUGCGGCGGCGGUCAACACCAAGAGCGACACAAAAGCAAAUGGCGCCCGGCGGAGCGUCCAAGACUUCCUCAGGGAGGCCGAGGAGCUCUUUCUGCUGCCCAUCGAGCGGGAUCGCCUAAAAGAGCUCGCCGCCGGCCUCAAGGCGCAGUUCAGGGAGCGUCUUUUAACCAACCCCGCCUGCAUGCUGCCCUCGUACAACCACCAGCUCCCAAACGGUAUUGAGCGAGGCCAGUUUCUCGCCCUCGAUGUCGGAGGCUCGACGUUGCGGGUGGCGUUGGUGGAGUUGAGGGGUCGUGAGGCUCACGGUAGCGAGAGCGGGAUCAUCCGCAAGAGCUCCUUCAAGAUCACCCCAGAGAUCAAGAGCCUGGAGGGGCUGGCGUUUUUCGACUGGAUGGCUCAAAGAGUCUCAGAAACCAUCGCCAGUUCAUUAGAGCAGGACAACAGCCCCGAGAACCCAAUUCUCAUGGGUAUGGCGUGGAGUUUCCCGAUAGAGCAAACAUCUCUCAAGGGAGGUUUGUUGCAGGGCAUGGGGAAAGGCUUCUCAGCAGCCAAUGGCCUGAUGGGCCAAGAUCUGGGCGAGAUCAUCAAAUUUGCGUGCAAGAAGCAGCUGCUCCACGUCGAGCUGGCUGCCAUCGUGAACGACUCGACAGCCGCAUUAUUAUCACAGGCAUACACCAAAGCCACAACUCGCUUCAGCCUGAUUCUUGGUACGGGCGUUAAUGUCGCAGUUCACCUCCCCGUCUCCACCGUUGGAAAGGAUAAGUUCGGUGUUAGACCGGCUGACUGGUUCGAAAAGGCGAGCCAUGUGGUUGUGAACACCGAGCUAGGCAUGUUUGGCCAUGGCAUUUUGCCCGUAACACGCUGGGAUGUGGCUCUGAAUACUUCACAUCCUAAACCCGACUUCCAGCCGCUUGAACACUUGGUCAGCGGCUACUACUUGGGGGAGAUGUGCAGGCUCGCGCUGGAGGAGGCCGUGGAAUCAACAGGCAUGCUGGGCGGUGUGAUGCCACCGUCGUUAUUGCGUCCGUACACCCUUGACGCGGAGACUCUUUCCAUAAUAGAAGCGGACACAUCAGCAUCACUUGAGACCGGCACCUCCACAUGGAACGCCCGCCACCCAUCCUCCACGAACGCCAGCCCAGCCGACAUCGCUGCGAUCCGCACGCUCGCCUCCCUCAUCUCCCGGCGGUCCAGCGCCAUCGUGGCGGCUGCCAUCUUCGCGCUCUGGGACUUCAAGGCCGAAGCCGAGGCCGACUUCCUGCGGUCCCUGACCAGCGGCAGCGACCCCUCCAGACCGCAGUCCUUCGCGGCCGAGACCCAGGCCGAGCUCGACCUGACGCGCACGCGCGUCGCCUUCAACGGCUCCGUCAUCGAGCAGUACCCGAACUACCUGGCCAACUGCCAGCGGUACAUCGACGACCUCGUGUCGGCCGAGGCGGGCGCGGCGCCGGGCACGGUCGACCUCGUCGCGGCCAAGGAGAGCUCGCUGCUCGGAGCGGCGGUGGCGCUUGCGUGCCUGGAGGACGGGAAGGCCAAUUAA